AUGUCAGGAUCACCUAGCAUGAAUGGUGUUGCUGAGAGACGCAAUAUGACUCUUAAGGAUAUGGCCAUUAAAAGUUCUAACUCUCAAAAGUGGAUUGAUGCUAUGAAAGAAGAGUAUAAGUCUAUGCAAGACAAUAAAGUUUGGGAACUUGUCCCAUUACCAGACGAUGCAAAACCAAUUAGUUGUAAAUGGAUUUUUAAAACCAAGAGGGGUGCAAAUGGUAAUGUGGAGAGGUAUAAAGCGCGUCUUGUAGCUAAAGGCUAUACCCAUAAAGAAGGCAUUGAUUAUACAGGGACUUUCUCUCCAGUUUCAUCGAAAGACUCUUUUAGAACAAUAAUGGCACUUGUUGCUCACCUUGAUCUUGAGCUACAUAAUUGGAUGUUAAAACAACGUUUCACAAUGGAGACAUUGACGAGACAAUUUAUAUGGUGCAACCAUAAAACUUUGUGUCAGGAGACCCAAAGAAUAUGGUUUGCAAAUUGA